CUCUCUCGCCAUCGAGUGCGGUUCGAAUUCUAAACUAAUCGAAUGGAUACUUACGGAUGCGGUAGGCGGCCGAUGGAUCAUCACCGAGGACGGGACGCUACGUUACCCGAUUACGUUCAAACAGUCGUCGUUAAAGACUCGAAAGGAUUGGAGAAGAUCCUACUGUUGCCCAAAGCGCUUGAUCUGGACCGGCCCAAACGCAGCCGGACGGCCUUCGCCAAAUGGCAGCUGGACGCCCUAGAAACGACGUUUGGCUCUCAUCCGUAUCUGGUUGGCGAACAAAGGACUUUAUUGGCCCGUCGUCUAGGCCUUUCUGAAACCCAAAUCAAAGUGUGGUAUCAAAACAGGCGGACCAAACAGCGGAAGGAAGGACAUCCGUCCGUGAGCGGAUCGGACGAUCAGCCAACGAAUAAGAAUCCCUCAAAGGAAGAACCGAUUCAAUUACAUCCGCCAUCAUCAUCGUCUGUGAUACAAGAAACGAGCGGAUCGCCUCCGGAGACGCAAUGGCAACGACAUCAUCCGGCGGAUUUCUUCGGCCAGGCGUUCCAGCACUAUCAUCCAGCCAUGUAUCAACAGCUGAUGCAAUCCUAUUCAUCGCACGGUACCAAUGGAUUAAUGAACAGCGGUGCAAUACCUACGCCCGGAAGCCAUUCGAAUAGUGGCCCCUCUGCCCCGCCGGCCUCAAUGUCAACCGAUCGAGGACAUCAUCAUCACAUUCAUCGAGUCUACUGAACACAAAACAUAAAGGAAUAAAUACC